GUCAAUUUAAUGAUGAAAUGAUAACGAGGGCUGACAUUUUUGACCUAGCCUAGCCCUCUGCAUCUGUUUCUCAGCAAUAAGUUGAGCGGAAUGAUUAGAUUCCUAAACCAAAUCCAAAGAAUACAUAACUUUUGCUACAGUAACGUUAUAGUGAGUAAUCAACUUAGAGGUUUCAGCACAAGUGACACUAUGUUUAAGUCAGCAGUGUUCAAUCUUAAAGAUGCUUCAAAAGAUCAAGUUCAAGAUUUUCUAAACUCGUUUGAUACAGUUUUAACAGAUUGUGAUGGUGUUCUGUGGAUUGACAACAAUGCCAUUCCGGGAUCAGCAGAUGCAAUGAAUUAUUUUCGAAAAUUGGGAAAAAAAAUAUUUUAUGUGACAAAUAAUUCAACUAAAAUUCGGAGUGAGUUUGCAAGUAAAGCAACUCAACUAGGCUUCAUUGCAAGUCAGGAAGAGAUAUUGUCAACUGCUUAUUUAGUAGCUCAUUACCUUAAAGGUAUAGGGUUUACCAAAAAGGUAUACUUAUUGGGAUCAAAUGGCAUUGGAGAAGAGCUGAAGGCUGUUGGUGUCAGACAUAUUGGUGUUGGGCCAGACCAUGUGAAACCAGAUUUUAAAUCAAUGCAGCCUUCAGAACUAGAUCCUGAAGUUGGUGCUGUGGUGGUGGGCUUUGAUGAACAUGUCAGUUACCCAAAAUUCAUGAAGGCUGCCUCUUACCUAGCUUCUGAAGAAUGUUUGUUCAUAGCAACCAAUACAGAUGAGAGGUUUCCUAAAGGUGGCUCUAUUGUUGUGCCUGGUACUGGCACAUUAGUAAGAGCAGUUGAAACCUGUUCAGAAAGAAAAGCCCUUGUUCUUGGUAAACCUCACAAUUAUGUAAGGAAGUAUCUUGAAUCAUGUGGACUAAAUCCAGCUAGAACUUUGAUGAUUGGAGACAGAUGCAACACUGAUAUAGAGCUUGGUGUCCGCUGUGGCUUCCAAACACUCCUAGUUCUCUCAGGCGUGACUUCACCAAAAGACCUGGAGAAACUCCGCAGCGAAAAGACUCCACCCUUACCAGAUGUCGUUUUACCGAAGUUGGGAGAUUUACUUUCCCUUGUAUAUGAUACAGCAUAGAAAAAUAGCUAAUACAAAUAGUAGCUGAUUACAGUAGAAUGUUCAAAUCUUAGGUCAAUUCUAAAACAAGGGUAGUAUGCAUUAG